AUUUUGGAAUGGAGUCAUUACCCUCUCAAGAAGAUAACAAUCAGAUCCCAGAAAAUAGAGCCCAUAGUUAUACUUGAAAUAUGUUUACCAAACUUGGCAUCUGUCUGAACAUACUUCCUUACUUCGAUUACCUCCACAAGACCAGACACCUGAUGAUGCAGUUGUUCUCAGGGUCGAGGCAGCUCUGGAUUGAGGAAAACCAAAAGAUUAUUGAAAAUAUGCAUGAGUGAAUGCAAUUAGUUGAGAUCAGUGAUGCGAAUAUGGAAAUCGUCAGGAAACUGUUCAAACUGCCAGAAAGAAUUCCAGCUGAUAAGUCAAAGAGGCAGUCUCUUGCAUGAGCUUAUACCACUUACAAGUAUUUUAAGUUUGCGAUCAGGGUGUCUGUCUCAUCCUCCAGACUCUCUUGUGAGAGCCAGUCUGAAGAAAUCAUUGAACUUCUUAGGAAAUUCUAUCCUCUCGGAAAACUUAGGGUCGAGUCAGUCAUGUUUUAUAAGAGUCCGACUCAAUAUCACUACGCAGCUUUGGAUGAAUCAGUACUCAAGGAGACCAACGACACUGUUGAUGCAGUCAUCGGCUUAUUAGGACUUGAAUGUCAAGUCCUAGACUCUCAGAAAUACUUGGCCCCUCCGAUGGUUAAGCUCCAGAACAACUACAUCAGAGGUUAUAAUAGGCUGUAUCUAGAAAGAGAUGUUGAAAUUAAAGAAGAAUUGUUUGAAUUGAGCUACCUUGGUUUCACGAGAGAAUUCAAUAAGCUCAUUAGAACCAAAAGCACAUACACUUUAGAACUAUUCAUAGAUCAAUUCAUCACGCUUGGGAAUCCUCUCCCAGAGUUUCUUGAAGAAAUUACCAUAAUUGCUUCAACUCCCUCUUAUCAAUCAGAAGACGCUAAACAACAGUGUGAUGUCACUCAACUGAUAGAUGUAAUAGAGCCUCAGCAUAAGCUCAAGUUUAUUUUCAAAGAACUCUCUUCGUUUGAGAGCAGGAACAACCUUUGUCUUGUCAGCAAGUUGAGGGAAUUUGCUGGAGUUCAAGUCCAUGCUGAAUUUACAAACACAAACAAAGAUGCCUUUAUUCUCCACUGCUUACACUGAAUGCUCUGCCUUAAUGUUGAAGACGCCACAAAGACCACUUACUUCAAAAAUGUGAGAAUCGACUGUGGGGUCGAAGACAUUUCUUUCGUUAGUGACAAUGAGUACAUAUUAAUUCGAAGUGUUUGCUCGCUCAAAGGAACAACGCAAGUAGAGUGUCCAUCUGGAAGAGAAUUUGCUACCUUUAUUGAUAGUUUCGAUCUGAUAAAUGAGAAAUCAACAAUGAUAGCAGUGAAGGUGCUAGAUAUUAGUAGCUUAGCACUGAACAAACAUUUUGAUGAAUUUGUAAACCAGCCAGAAAUGAAAAAUGAAGAAGAGGAAAGCAAGCAAACUUGCCUAAAUUUUGAAAAUUGGCGCAAGUUGCCUAGUUUCCUCAAUAAUGAUUCCUCAAUGAAAGCUAUUUUGAAAGUGAAUGUUAAAGACCUUGAGAUAUUAAGAUGUAUUCCAAAAGGAGUCAAAAUAAAAAGUUUAUCGUUGUCACUUCCAAAAACUCUGGAUUUAGACCUCACAACCACAGUUUCUCUCAUUGAUGAGUUCUUAGAUCAACUAAAUCAGAAAAGACUAUUUAAGCUUGUCAUUACAGGCCUUCAAAGCACCAACCAAGUAUUCUUGGAAAGGUUUAUUGAUGAUUAUUUGAUAAAGAAAAACAAUAAAUUGACCGAGCUGGUUAUCAAGAAUCUUUGGAAAUUAGUGCAAAAUCACUCAACGAAGAAUGUUUAUCUGUUGACUCUCCAGCCUCCAAAGGAUGAGCAACUACAACGGCAAGAGGUCUACACAAAACUUGAAGGCUUUAGGCAUAGAAGAAUUGCUUAUCGCGACGAAAAGCUUCUCAGCUGCAAUUGUUGAGGAGGGGUUAAUAAUAAUGAAAUUCACAGAUUUUAUUCCAACAGCUUGAGAUAGAAUACAUAUUCAUAAGUCUCAACUAAUA